GAUAAACACCCGAAGUGCUGAACUGUGAACACAGAACAGGCAGCGCGCCUGAGUCAUACAUAAGACUGAUUGCACGGAAGAUUUUUCUCUAGAUCCGAUCUUUGCGACAGCACUGCGUUUGCAUCGAGCCCAUGGCACCUGGCUAAUACUACUAUUAUCUAAGAGACAACUCGGCAAGAGGAAUAUUGUGCUUGAUGCUUGAUAUUGGCCUGCACAAGGAUCCAUUUCUCAAUGCCAUUACGGCAUUACUUAUUAGCCCUAGCGUGCUGACUGGUGGAAGCUGUCAAGAAUAAAUCUUCAGCUCAGACCAACGACGAUUUGCUCUCUCUCGACACAAUGGUGAAAACGUUCAGAGCCUACCUGGACGCUCAGUCUCCCACUGGACGUCGCUACAGCUGCGUGCAUUGCAGAGCGCACCUAGCCAGACACGAGGACUUGAUCUCCAAGUCCUUCCAGGGCAGUCAGGGCAAAGCCUAUCUCUUCCGAUCGGUGGUGAACAUUUCCACUGGCCCGAUCGAGGAGCGUACACUGCUCACAGGGAAGCAUCACGUCGCUGAUAUCCGCUGCUGCAACUGUAGAGAAGUUCUAGGCUGGAAAUACGAGCUUGCAUUUGAGAACACUCAGAAGUAUAAGGAAGGCAAGUUCAUCAUAGAGCUUGCACACAUGGUCAAAGACAAUGGAUGGUAGUGCUGCACAAUUGCUUUCUAACCGUGUCAUGGCCAUCACUGUUUCCACCACGAGGAACUCGACCACUCACCCGUAUCCGGAAUAUCAAACUGAUCAUCGCCACGUGUCAUCUACAUACGCCAUGCUAACACUGCAUUCUUGUGUCAAGACAUUGUGAAGAUACACCAAAGCAAAGAAUGUAAUAUCCCCUACUGCUCAGUCCAGUUUAUAACUUGAUCUCGAAAUUUGUACAAAUGCUCUUCUUGAGUUACGCUGCAUCUGACACCCAGCGAUAGCUAUGCCAAGUAGUGUACUGCUUACGACGACUCAACUUUGCGUGUUGUGUUAGCACCUGUAGCAUCUAACAUAGCAAUACCCAACCCUGUAGAACUGCUGCUGCUGCUGUUGCCUCUUUGGUGGACUUUGCUGCCGGAGUGUUGCAGCGGCGUGUUGCAACGGGAAGGAAGCUGAAAGAGUCAUAGCAUACACAUAAUGUGCGCCACAACCUUGUAAGCUGUCUUGCUUAGUGUUCUUGAUUCUGCAGUGAUUAUGUCCUCACCUCAUCACCCUCACUUGCCAAUCACCCAGCAUCAUUCAUGUACAUACGCUGAUGCUAACACACCUGCUCUUGAACUAUCUUGCUCUUUUCUGUCUGUUUCUUGAUCAAUCUAUCUCAAAGUCGUCUUUGUCAACACUGAACAGUAACAUUUGAUUUUCAAUCUAACUCCUAUACUAUAACCAUCAAGAUUAAUUAUAACAGUUUAUGCUCCAGACCUCCUGUGUUGUGAUUGCGCUCACUUGCUAACCAACAACUCGAUAAGCCACUGAUCUAUCAUGGAACAAGCCAAUAUUGAAUGUUCACGGUGUCUACC